GCACACGUGUGUGUUCACAGACGUGUAUACACAUUGGUUCCACUUAAUGUUUCUGUGUACGUGUGUGAUGUGUGCAUGAUGUGGCAUGUGCAGUUCUACACAUCACACGUGUAACAUGCAUCUGGGAAUCGGCCGUUUGUAGGCAUGCACAACGCGUGUAGCUGCCGAUUGUCCUGCCUGUUCACGCAUCACAUACGAAAUGGGAAGAACAUAUCAACACACGAUGUCACGCGUGUGCCCGGCUCUCACCGCCCCUAUUCUCUCCCAUCAGGCCGAGCGGCUGUCGAGGACGCUGGGAGCCACUCGGCCAUGACCGACAACUCCGCGGACCAAUCCCGCGCGGCCCCGCCAUGAGGAGGCCCCGCCCGCCUGGCGCCUUCACGCGUGUGCUCGCCGGCCUCUGACCCCCAAUCCCACCCCGUCACGCGUCUUCACGCGUGUACCCUCCCCACCCGCCCCCAUGGCCCCAUGGCCGCUGGCGUGUAGUGUGUGGGCGCUGGCGUGUUGCGUGUUGCUGGUGUGUCCCACGUGGGCGUCGCCGCCGGCUCCCGUGGUGAGCACACGGUACGGGAAGCUGCGUGGGCUCCGCGUGCCCCUGCCGGGUGGGGUGUUGAACCCCGUGGAUCAGUUCCUGGGCGUCCCGUAUGCAGCGCCACCCACGGGCGAGCGCCGGUUCCAGCCGCCCGAUCCGCCGUCUGCGUGGCCCGGUGUGCGCGACGCCACGCGGUUCGCGCCCGUGUGUCCGCAGCCCCUGGACGAGCGCGCACUGCCGCGGGACAUGCUUCCCGUGUGGUUCACGGCGGACGCGCUGGCUGCGCACGUGCGGGAGCAGAGCGAGGACUGCCUGUUCCUCAACGUCUACACGCCGGCGGGCGCCAACGUAGGGAAAAUCGCCGGCGACAUCACGGGGCGUGAGCGCGGUGACGACGAAGACGCCCGCGACCCCGGCGACCCCGGGAGGAAGCCGGUCAUGGUCUACAUCCACGGCGGCUCCUACAUGGAAGGCACCGGGAACCUGAUCGACGGCAGCGUCCUCGCCAGCUACGGCGACGUCAUCGUCGUCACCGUCAACUACCGGCUGGGCGUGCUGGGCUUCCUGAGCACGGGCGACCAGGCCGCCAAGGGGAACUACGGGCUCCUGGACCAGAUCCAGGCGCUACGCUGGGUGGAGGAGAACGCGGGCGCCUUCGGCGGGGACCCCGAGCGCGUGACCGUGUUCGGCUCGGGCGCCGGCGCCUCCUGCGUCAGCCUCCUCACGCUGUCGCACUACUCGGAGGGCCUGUUCCAGAAGGCCAUCAUCCAGAGCGGCACGGCGCUGUCCAGCUGGGCGGUGAACUACCAGCCCGCCAAGUACACGCGUGCGCUGGCGGAGCAGGUGGGGUGCGGGCCGGCGUCGGGGGACACGGCGUCGGGGGACACGGCGGCGCUGGUGUCGUGCCUGCGCGGCAUGGGCUGGCGGGAGCUGUCGCGGCCGCGGGUGUCGCCGGCGGCCUACCACGUGGCGUUCGGUCCCGUGGUGGACGGGGACGUGAUCCCGGACGACCCGCAGAUCCUCAUGGAGCAGGGCGAGUUCCUCAACUACGACGUCAUGCUCGGCGUGAACCAGGGCGAGGGGCUGCGCUUCGUGGACGGCAUCGUGGCCGGGGACGACGGCGUGUCGGCCGCCGACUUCGACCAGGCGGUGUCCGGGUUCGUGGACCGUCUCUACGGCGCCCCCGAGGGUGGGGACGCGCUGCGCGAGACGAUCAAGUUCAUGUACACGGACUGGGCGGACCGCGAGAGCGCGGCGUCGCGGCGGAAGGCGCUGGUGGCACUGUUCACGGACCACCAGUGGGUGGCGCCCGCCGUGGCCACCGCGGACCUGCACGCGCGGUACGGGUCGCCCACGUACUUCUACGCCUUCUGCCACCGCUGCCGGGGCGACGCGGACGGGAAGCCCGCGUGGGCCGACGCCGCGCACGGCGACGAGGUCCCCUACGUGUUCGGCGUCCCCAUGGGCGGCCCCACCGAGGCCUUCGCGUGCAACUUCUCGCGCAGCGACGUCAUGCUCAGCGCCGUCGUCAUGACCUACUGGACCAACUUCGCCAAGACGGGGGACCCCAACCGGCCGGUGCCGCAGGACACCAAGUUCAUCCACACGCGCCCGAACCGCUUCGAGGAGGUGGCGUGGUCCAAGUACGACCCGCGGGAGCAGCUGUACCUGCACAUCGGGCUGCGGCCACGCGUGCGCGACCACUACCGCGCCACGAAGGUCGCGUUCUGGCUGGAGCUGGUGCCGCACCUGCACGGGCUGCGCGACCUGCUGCAGUACGUGAGCUCCACCACGCGGGCGCCCGACGACACGUUCCGCGCCGCCAAGGACACGCCGCGCGCCGCCAAGGACUCUCGCGGAGGCGACGACUCCUCCGCGGACGCGCGCUCGCGCACGCACGCCAAGCCCUGGCCCGCCACGCGGAGGCCCCCCGCGGUCACGCGCCCACGCAGCGGCCCCCGCCCCGCGGCCGCCGCGGAGGACGCCACGGUGCUGAUCGAGACGAAGCGCGACUACGCCACGGAGCUGAGCGUGACCAUCGCGGUGGGCGCCUCGCUGCUGUUCCUCAACAUCCUGGCCUUCGCCGCGCUCUACUACAAGAAGGACAAGCGGCGGCACGAGACGCACCGGCGGCAGCACCACGGGGCGGCC